CACGCUGAUCCGUGUCGCGCGCCCCAGCCUACUGUGGGUAAUAGAACAUCUCUGGCGUGAGACGCGUUAGAGGCACGAGCGAGGACUACCGGAUGGUCCGUCUGGAUUCGUUUUAAAGGCUUGCAGACGUGGAUAACGUCGACAUUCGGAAGACGUGUCUUAGCACGGCUUAUGUGCAUGCUGGGAUGAGGCACUGAGUCCCCACCCCCUACCUACGUGGCCACCGAGCUCUGGAGACAGCAGUGGCAGCAACAUAGCGAGCUACAGAGGAGGGGCAAUGACCAGCGCAGCGGAUAGCAUUGGGGCUUUGGGAACAGAGCAGACCCACCUCAGUGUGCCUGUGACAGACCCUGGUGCUUGGGCCACGGCCAUGAACAACUUGGGCAUCGUGCCCAUGGGCCUAGCCGGGCAGCAGCUGGUGUCAGACUCCAUCUGCAUCCAGGGAUUUGACCCAAACCUGGGGAUUAUUGCCCCCAUUAACCCCAUGAUGGCAGGGAUCAGUCUGGUGCCUCCACCACCUGUGCAGCCUGAGCUGCCUGGCAUCAAGGAGUUCAUCCACUGCAAGAGCUGCACCCUCUUCCCACAGAACCCCAAUCUCCCACCUCCUUCAACCAGAGAGCGUCCCCCCGGCUGUAAGACAGUCUUUGUUGGUGGACUUCCAGAGAAUGCGAGUGAGGAGAUUAUCAGGGAGGUGUUUGACCAGUGUGGUGAAAUCGUCGCCAUCCGCAAGAGCAAGAAAAACUUCUGUCACAUUCGUUUCAGCGAGGAAUUCAUGGUCGACAAGGCCAUUUAUCUGUCUGGCUACCGAAUGCGCAUCGGAUCCAGCACAGAUAAGAAGGAUUCAGGCCGCAUACACGUGGACUUUGCCCAGGCGCGGGACGACUUGUACGAGUGGGAGUGUAAACAGAGGUUACUGGCACGAGAAGAACGGCACCGUCGCAAAGUCCAAGAGGACCGCUUAAGACCUCCCUCCCCACCUCCCAUCAUGCACUACUCUGAGCAUGAGGCAGGCUUAUUGGCCGAGAGGUUGAAAGAUGAUAACAAGUUCAGUGAGGCCACUGCGGUUCUGUUCACGUGGAUAGAGAGGGGGGAGGUGAACCGGCGAACGGCAAAUCACUUCUACUCCAUGAUCCAGUCGGCCAAUAGCCACGUGCGGCGCCUGAUGAGCGAAAAGGCCCAGCACGAGGAGGAGAUGGAGCUAGCCAAAGAGCAGUUCAAGAACUCGCUCCUCGCCAUCCUCACACAAUUUGAGCAGAUCACGGCCGUUUUCACCGCUGCCACCAGACAAAAGGCAUGGGACCAUUUCACAAAAGCGCAGCGCAAGAACAUAGACAUUUGGCGAAAGCAGUGCGAGGAACUGAGGAAUGCCCACAGUGAGGAGAUUAUGGGAAUUCGAAGGGAAGAGGAGAUGGAGAUGUCAGAUGAAGAUUUGGAGGAAAAUCCCUGUAAGAAGGUUCGAAUGGAAGACUCAGCUCUGGCUGUGCAGACUUGCGCCCUGCGAGAGGAGAAUGACAGUCUGCGCUGGCAGCUGGACGCCUACAGGAAUGAGGUGGAGCUGCUGAAGAAGGAGCAGGGCAAGGCCCAGCGCGCCGACGACGAGCACAUGCAUGACAACCAGCUCCACUUCCUCCAGCAGAGCAUGCACGGCAUGCAGCAGCAACUGCUCAGGCUCCAGGAAGAGCUGAAGGAGAAGGAGUUGGAGCUGGAGCAGGCCCAGGUCGAGCAGCGCCACCUAGAGGGCGAGAUCUCCAACCUCAGGCAUUUGAGCAGUAUGGACUUGGUGGAAGGCAUGAACCACACCACUGAUGCCCUUGAAAAGGGAAUGAAUGGCACUGCAGUGCUCUAUCACCAUCAGGAGAAGAAGAAUGAGUUGGCCAUGCGAGGUCCUCUGAGAUCAGAGAAAGAAGCCCUCUUGCUUGGAAUAAUAUCCACCUUCCUCCAUGUCCACCCUUUUGGAGCCAACAUCGAGUAUCUGUGGUCUUACAUUCAGAGGCUUGAUGCAAAGGUCUCACCCAGCGAGCUGGAAAGGCUGAUGGUGAGACUGCCCAACAUGUUCAAACAGGAGUUCAGCGGCGUGGGCGCCACUCUGGAGAAACGCUGGAAGUUCUGCGGCUUUGAGGCUCUCAACUCGGCAUGACGAACAGAAGCGCGAGCGCUGGAACAGGGCCGCAGACCUGCGAGAGCCUCCGAGCCUCCGAGCCUCCGAGCAGGGAUCCACCCCCCCACAGCCACUGCCUGAGCUGUCACACCUGUUACUCUGGUACACAAACAUUGAUAACGGCGAAGAAAGGAGAGAAGCACUAGGUUCGGCACCCAACCAGGACGGAUGUAUUCACUUAAAGAAGCUCUUUUUAGAAUUCAGGGGCUCAUUGCAUAACUUUUCCUGUCAACAGCAGAGUCCCUGAAGUGUGGGCAUAAUAUCCAGGAAUAUGGGUCUGCUCUAUGAUGGCAUGUAGACUAUGAGGACCUAUGACACGCAAGCAUGUGAGGGUGGGCCCCCACAGGGACAUGUCUCAGAGCACGCUCACUGUACUGGACAUUUAUUUAAGACGCGGGGGCCUUGGUUUCAGCCAAAAAGCUCAGUAGGCUUAAGGAAGUUUUAACUGUUACAUAGAGUAUUUAAAAAGGAAAGCUGUGAAGAGAAUCAUUUUCCCACCGACUGACAGAGGAUAUUUUGCUGUGUUUCAGGUCUUUUAUUGUUGUGUUUAUGUAAUGUGCAUUCUUUGUGUCACAAUGCACCAUUGUUAUUUGCUCAUGUAAAUUAUGACUUUCUAAAAAUCUAAUAAAGAGGUUUUUAUCUUGA